CUGUCCUGAUUCAACAGACCUUCAAAUAUAUAUUUUUAAUAAAAAAAGAGAAAUUUAUUUUUUAAGCAUUUAGGUCCAUUGCCAUCUGCCAAUCUUCCUCCUCAUACACUCAUAUAAUCCCACCAUCCCCUCCUUUUCCCCACCACCACCACUGGCACAAAAAUCCUCCAUCACCCAGCAUUUCUCUUUUUAGAUCUUAAGGUUUUCUCUUCUCAAUUCCAGUAUCAAUCUCAAUCUCAAUCUCAAUCACCACUCCCAAGUUUUAAGUCUUUAUUUUUUUUGGCAUUCAAGUCAUGAAAUUCCCAUUUCCUUACCAAACUUCUCAUCCAAAGUUCAUUCCCAUCUGCAAUUCCUAUUUCAUUUUCUUGUAGCACCUCCUACUUUUCCAUUUUUCUUCUAGUUUUUUUUUUUUUUUGGGUACCCAAAAUUUUCUUAUAAAUACUCGGAUGGUAGUAAUAUUUAUGUUCAAGUUGGAAACUUUCUGCUUUUAGUCAAUCAGUGUUAUUUUUCUUGAAAAUGUAUUUUGACCACUAACAUAACCCAUCAUUGCAUUUAUAUUUCUUAGUCCGCUUUCUUGAUUUCUUAAUCUUUUUUCACUUUUGGGUGCCAAAAAUUCUUGAAUGUGAAGAUGGAUCUGAUACAGAUACCUCUAAUAUCCGUACAAUCCGGCUGUGGUGUCGUUGGUGGACGGAUUUAGCGAUACCCAUUAACCGGCUGCCGAUUUCAUUGCGCCAAUGAAAAGGUCAGUCCGUCCACUCUUUAGCAUUCUGUUGCUGAUUGUGUUUGCUAUUACCCUCGGCUGCCGGAUCCUACUCCGCCGUGGUGGCAGCGGCGGCGGCGGCGGCGGCGGUUUCAGCUCAAUCGAGCUCGGACCCAAUGUACUUGUCCAAACUCCUCCAAUCCCAGUUUUCAACUCUACACUGCUAAAAUAUGCAGCUAUUGAUAUAGGUGAAGCUCAAGCAAAGCAAGAAAUAGAACAGUUGUUAGAAGGUAACUUUGCUAGUCAAGGGACGUAUAGAACUAUUGCUACUUGGAGAAGGUUCAAUCACCAUGAUGUCAGAGCUAGCUCUUCCAGGGGCUUUCCUGUAAUGUCACCUCAGUUUUAUCGGUAUUGGUUAAAUUUUAGGAGGGUAUUGCAUGAUUGGGCUAGAGCCAAGAGGUAUCAACCUGAUAUAAUGAAUGAAUUGGUGGGGCUGGUAAAGAAUCCAAUUGAUGCGCAUGAUGGAUUAAUGGGUUCAAACAAGAAGUAUAGUUCUUGUGCUGUAGUAGGCAAUAGCGGGAUUUUGUUGCAAAAACAUUAUGGAGAGUUGAUUGAUGGCCAUGAGGUUGUCAUCAGAUUGAACAAUGCAAGGACAAAUGGAUUUGAGCAACAUGUUGGGUCUAAAACUAAUAUUUCCUUCGUAAAUAGCAACAUUUUGCAUCCUUGUGCCGGGAGACUAGGAUGUUUUUGUCACCCAUAUGGCCCUAAUGUCCCCAUGGUUAUGUAUAUUUGUCAGCCAGUGCAUUUCUUAGACUAUACCAUUUGCAAUUUGUCUCACAAGGCGCCUUUGAUUGUCACUGAUCCACGUUUCGAUAUGUUGUGUGCGAGGAUCGUGAAAUACUACUCCUUGAAACGGUUUGUGGCGGAGACAGGUAAGUCAUUGGAUGAAUGGAGCGCUGCACAUGAUGGUUUAAUGUUUCACUACUCUUCUGGUUUCCAAGCUGUUAUGUUAGCAGCUGGGAUUUGUGACAAAGUUAGUGUAUUUGGAUUUGGAAAAUCCACUUUGGCUAAGCACCAUUAUCAUACUAAUCAAAAGGGUGAGCUUAAGUUGCAUGAUUAUGAAGCGGAGUAUGAUUUUUAUCAUGAUCUGGUGAACACUCCACAUAUAAUACCAUUCAUUUCAGACAAGUUCAAGUUUCCUCCUGUGGUAAUUUAUCAAUGAUUUUUUUUUUCCAGUUAGAUCUUUUGUUUCAAGCUUAAAUCUUGGCAUUGUUGUAAUUGUAACCACUUCCACAAUACAGUCAAACUAAUACAGUUGUUGAAGAUUUCUGUUUCAUAUUCUGACCCUGUACCAUCCAAUUUAGGGUGAUUCUAAAUGUAAAAUUGGCUAGAACAAGAUUUAAAGAUUUCA